GUCGGAUUUCCAGCUGCUGCCCUUAGACCCGGUUCCGCUGGUGGCGGGCUUCUCUUCACUCCUCGUGGGCCCUGACUCAGUGUCUAAUGGAGCUUUCUUAUCAGACUCUCAAACUCACACACCAGGCGCGGGAAGCGUAUGAGAUGAGAACAGAAGCCCGGCGGAAAAACCUUCUCAUUUUGAUUUUGCAUUAUUUAACACAAGAAGGCUAUAUCGAUACGGCUAAAGCACUGGAGGAAGAGACUAAGCUGGGGUUACGGCGCUUUGAAGUUUGUGACAACGUUGACCUAGAAACAAUUUUGAUGGAAUAUGAGAGCUAUUAUUUUGUAAAGUUCCAGAAGUACCCCAAAAUGGUUAAGAAGGCGCCAGAGACAGCAGAAAAUAAUUUACCACCAAGAAGCGGAGGGAAGAACAACAGAAGGGUGACAAAUGACAAUUGUCAAAAUCUCCCCAAGAUCUGUCAGCAGAAUCCACGACCCAAAACCUCAAUACUGAAGACAGGGGACACCAAAUCUGUCAAGGACCAUUCUAAACAGGACAAUGUCAGUAAUGCUCAAGUAGAGAAUGCUGACUUUGGCCUAAACAUAUCCAAAAUCCAGAAGAAUGGCACAGAGGAAAAGGCCCACCCACGAAGAGGCCAAAUCAUUGACUUCCGGGGGCUGCUCACAGAUGCUAUCAAAGGAGCCACCAACGAACUCGCCUUUAACACUUUUGAAUGUAACCCAGACCCUUCGGAGCGGCUGCUGAAGCCUCUGAGUGCAUUUAUUGGCAUGAACAGUGAGAUGCGAGAACUGGCAGCCGUGGUGAGCCGGGACAUUUAUCUCCAUAACCCCAACAUAAAGUGGAACGAUAUUAUUGGACUGGACGCGGCCAAGCAGUUAGUCAAAGAAGCCGUUGUGUACCCAAUAAGGGUAAGUAUGGGAAGCCAUGUUUCUGAUUGCUAUCAACUAGACAAGCUGUGUCAAGAAAAGACGAAUACAUAUUUGACCCUGCUCUUGCUUUUCCCCACUCAGGUGCUGUUUGAACUUGCCCGCUAUCAUGCCCCCUCCACGAUCUUCCUGGACGAGCUGGAGUCUGUGAUAAGUCAGAGAGGCAUGACUCCUGGGGGAGAACAUGAAGGGAGUCUCCGAAUGAAGACAGAGCUCCUGGUGCAGAUGGACGGGUUGGCCCGCUCGGAGGAUCUCGUGUUUGUCUUAGCAGCGUCUAACCUGCCGUGGGAGCUGGACUGUGCCAUGUUGCGGCGCCUGGAGAAGAGGAUUCUGGUUGAUCUCCCCAGCCAAGAGGCCAGACAGGCCAUGAUCUGCCACUGGCUGCCCCCUGUGAGCAAGAGCCAUGCCCUGGAGCUGCGCACAGAGCUGGAGUACAGCGUGCUGAGUCAGGAGACGGAGGGCUACUCAGGCUCCGACAUUAAGCUGGUCUGCAGGGAGGCAGCCAUGCGGCCCGUGAGAAAGAUCUUCAGUGUGCUCGAAAGUCACCAGUCAGAGAGCAGCAAUUUCCCUGUGAUCCAGCUGGAUACCGUGACCACGGAGGACUUUUUGGAUGUGUUGGCUCACACCAAGCCUUCAGCGAAGAAUCUGACUGAGAGAUACUUGGCCUGGCAAAAGGAGUUUGAGUCUGUGUAAAUAAAACUGCUCUCAGCCUGACCUGGCCAGAGGCAGCGAGAGCCUCCACCGUGUGACUGGGCUGGAAGGGAGGAGAUUUUUCUUGAACGCUGGAUGAAUCUGGACAAAUGUGUUAUUUUGGAGACGAGAUCUUGUGUCAUGGAUGUCAGCAAAGUGAAGGCUUUGGUCAUGAAUGUGUGGGUCAGGCAAUGGAGGGUUUCUUACAAUUCCACUAUAAAAAUUUGAAGAAGUUUCUUGUGGUAUUCCUUAUUUGUGAACUGAAGUCUUCAUUUUGAAGAAAAGUGUUUUCUUAGUCUCUGUUCUUAAUUUCACAUUGUCAAGCCUGUCAGGUACUAUCAGUAUCCCCUCCCUCCCUUCUUCCCUCUCUCCCUCCCUCCCU